GGCAGGAUCGUACCACGAAAUUUCCUCAUAUACACUCUAAUCACAAACAGCAUCUUUUUUAAACUCUUAAUUAAUAGUCCUACUAAUCAGCAUUAGCCACGCACCAGACUAGAGUGAGGAAGUGCGACCACAAAUUGGUUAGCUUACUGGGCAAGCACGUUCUACGAUGCGUGAGCCCUUCAUUUGUUAGAACCUCUCUCUUCAUGCUUUUUCUUUUUCUCACUUUCAGUUCUCACGAGAAACCAGCGCCUCUUCCCCUCAUCCGAGAGCGACUCAAUAAACCUCGCGUUUUCUCAACACUCAAACCACAUACACCACGCGCCCUUUAGUUUUCACGAUCACGCAAUCGAUUUUCCCUUCCAUAAAGCCCUGUCGUUUGAGUUCCUUCGAGGUAGUUGCUACUCGUACGUAACUCGCUUUUAGGGUUUUCGAUUGGAUCGCUGCAUCGGUAGCUUGAUUGAUUUCACCGUGUUUUGCUUCCAUUGUUUUAUGAAUUAACUGGGAGAAACAAUUUUUUAAUCGAGAAAUUGUUUUCUCCGAGUUUAUUUUGACCGGAUCUGAAUGGGGAAGGGAGGCGAAGAUUAUGGAAGAAGAGAGAAAGCGAGUUCUGAGACUUCAGACCGUGAAAUCUUCAAAGCGUGGGCCAAGGACGUGCGUGAAUGCGAGGAACACUAUAAGGUGAGUGUGAAAAGGGGGUUGAGUCACGACGAGGUUGAGAAUCGGCGCAAGAUCUAUGGCUUGAAUGAGUUGGAGAAGCACGAGGGCCAGUCCAUAUGGAGUUUGAUUCUUGAGCAGUUCAACGAUACCUUGGUUCGGAUUCUUCUCGCCGCCGCCAUCAUAUCCUUCGUACUGGCUUGGUACGACGGCGAUGAAGGCGGUGAGAUGGAGAUUACGGCGUUCGUGGAGCCUCUGGUGAUAUUCCUGAUAUUAAUUGUAAACGCAAUUGUUGGGGUAUGGCAAGAGAGCAAUGCGGAGAAAGCACUUGAUGCGCUGAAAGAGAUUCAGUCGGAGCACGCCGCCGUUAUUCGAGAUGGGGUGAAAAUCCCUAGUUUGCCGGCGAAGGAUCUCGUGCCUGGUGAUAUUGUGGAGCUUAAGGUUGGGGAUAAGGUGCCUGCAGAUAUGCGGGUUGUGGAAUUGAUCAGCUCCACUCUGCGGUUGGAGCAGGGUUCCUUGACUGGAGAGAGUGAAGCGGUGAACAAGACAAACAAGCCGGUUGCUGAGGAUGCUGAUAUUCAAGGCAAGAGGUGUAUUGUUUUCGCCGGGACCACUGUUGUUAACGGGAAUUGCAUUUGCUUGGUCACUCAGACUGGCAUGGAAACCGAGAUUGGGAAGGUGCAUAAGCAGAUACACGUGGCGUCUCAGAGUGAGGAGGAUACACCCUUGAAAAAGAAGCUUAAUGAGUUUGGAGAGAAUCUAACCCUGAUAAUUGGAUUGAUAUGUAUUUUGGUUUGGCUUAUUAAUGUAAAGUACUUCCUUACAUGGGAUUAUGUGGAUGGGUGGCCGAGAAACUUCAAGUUUUCAUUUGAGAAGUGUACCUAUUACUUUGAGAUUGCUGUGGCGUUGGCUGUAGCUGCUAUUCCAGAAGGUUUGCCUGCAGUCAUCACUACCUGCCUUGCUCUAGGUACACGCAAGAUGGCCCAGAAGAAUGCCCUGGUUCGAAAGCUACCGAGUGUGGAAACGCUGGGUUGUACGACUGUGAUUUGUUCGGAUAAAACUGGUACAUUGACUACAAACCAGAUGGCUGUGUCAAAACUAGUAGCUUUUGGCCAUAAGGUGGACAAUCUGCGAGCCUUUAAGGUGGAAGGAACUACAUACAAUCCAUCUGAUGGUCAAAUAGAGGACUGGCCAACAGGUGGAUUGGAUGCUAAUCUUCAGAUGAUAGCGAAAAUAGCUGCAGUUUGUAAUGAUGCUGGAGUCACACAGUCAGAGCAUAAGUUUGUCGCCCAUGGAAUGCCUACCGAAGCUGCAUUAAAGGUUUUGGUAGAGAAGAUGGGCCUUCCUGAAGGAUCCGAGCAUAAUGGAUCAGCAAGCACAAGUACCUUGCUACGUUGUUGUCAAUGGUGGAAUGAGCAUGACCGGCGGAUUGCUACUCUUGAGUUUGACCGAGAUAGGAAGUCAAUGGGUGUUAUUGUGGACUCUGGUGUAGGUAAAAAUUCGCUGCUAGUUAAGGGUGCGGUGGAAAAUGUGUUGGACAGAAGCUCUAAAAUUCAGUUGCGUGAUGGUUCUAUUGUGAAACUAGACGAUAAUGCUAGGAAUCUCAUAUUGCAAGCCCUUCAUGAAAUGUCAACUAGAGCAUUGCGCUGCUUGGGAUUUGCAUACAAGGAUGAGCUCACUGCAUUUGAAGACUACAAUGGUAAUGAUGAUCAUCCGGCUCACCAGCUUUUGCUUAAUCCUUCAAACUAUUCAUCAAUUGAAAGUGAACUUAUUUUUGUUGGCUUGGUUGGAUUGAGGGAUCCACCUAGGGAGGAGGUAUAUCAAGCAAUUGAAGAUUGCCGAGCAGCUGGAAUUUGUGUUAUGGUAAUAACUGGAGACAAUAAGAACACUGCUGAAGCUAUAUGCCGUGAAAUAGGUGUAUUUUCACCUGAUGAAGACAUUAGUUCUAGAAGUUUAACAGGCAAAGAUUUUAUGGAAGUGCGUGAUAAAAAAUCCUAUCUGAGACAGAGUGGUGGGCUUUUGUUUUCAAGGGCUGAACCUAGGCACAAGCAAGAAAUAGUGAGGCUGCUCAAAGAGGAAGGGGAGGUGGUGGCCAUGACUGGGGACGGUGUUAAUGAUGCACCAGCCUUGAAGCUUGCAGACAUCGGUGUUGCAAUGGGCAUUGCAGGAACAGAGGUGGCCAAGGAAGCAUCAGAUAUGGUGUUGGCAGACGAUAAUUUUAGUACAAUUGUUGCUGCUGUUGGUGAGGGUAGAUCUAUCUACAAUAAUAUGAAGGCUUUUAUCAGGUAUAUGAUCUCUUCCAAUAUUGGUGAGGUUGCUUCUAUAUUUUUAACAGCUGCACUAGGUAUUCCUGAAGGAUUGAUACCCGUCCAACUUCUGUGGGUCAAUCUUGUCACUGAUGGGCCCCCUGCAACAGCUUUGGGAUUUAAUCCUCCAGAUAAGGAUAUAAUGAAGAAGCCUCCGCGUCGCAGUGAUGACUCACUAAUUAAUUUGUGGAUUUUAUUCCGCUAUCUGGUUAUUGGAAUUUAUGUUGGAUUAGCUACAGUUGGUGUCUUCAUCAUAUGGUAUACACAUGGUUCCUUCUUGGGUAUUGACCUUAGCGGGGAUGGGCAUACUCUGGUCACUUACUCCCAACUAGCCAAUUGGGGUCAAUGCUCCACGUGGCAGAACUUUACAGCUUCUCCAUUCACUGCUGGUGCAAAAGUUAUCUCUUUUGACAAUGAUCCUUGUGACUACUUCCAGACUGGUAAAGUCAAAGCUAUGACACUGUCCCUUUCUGUGUUGGUAGCCAUUGAAAUGUUUAACUCUCUCAAUGCCCUAUCUGAAGAUGGAAGCCUUUUGACGAUGCCUCCUUGGGUCAACCCUUGGCUUCUUUUGGCAAUGUCUAUAUCAUUUGGUCUGCACUUUUUAAUCUUGUACGUGCCAUUCUUAGCACAAGUAUUUGGUAUUGUGCCCCUGAGCUUCAAUGAGUGGCUUUUGGUUUUGGCUGUUGCAUUUCCCGUCAUUCUAAUUGACGAGAUUCUGAAAUUUGUGGGAAGGUGUACAAGUGCGUCUCAAGCAUCAAGUGCAAGAUCAAAGCAAAAAUCAGAGUAGACACGUACUGUAGUCAUUAGAAAAGUUGCUCAAUCCUUCAGCGUUAUGAAAUUUGUUAUACUUGGGACUGAAGAGGCGCCCUCAACUCCAAUUAAUUUUAAUCUAGUGCUAUUUUAGGCUUCUCUGUAGUCUUCAUCCCAUUUUAUAACGAGGGAUGGCUGGGCUUGCAUUGGGUGCACUAUAUGUUGCUUCUUUUAAUUUUUUUAUAAUCUUUUUGCUCUUGUUCGUUGAACUUUUUCAACAUUUUCAAAAUGAAAGGGGAAAACCUGCAAUUUCUUUUUCGGA